GACGCGGGUGUGCCAGUCCCGCCGCCUUCAAAGGCAGGCCGAGCUAAAGGAGGCACAAGAGCAGUGUCCGGAUCCUUGGGAACAAACCUGGGUUCCGGAACCCGAGAUGAAAGUGACCGGCGUGAAACAGGUUGAGGUGCCUGCGGAAAUUCGGGAGUGGCACUACGGUGUCCAACGCGACAUCGACGCAAAGCAAGCAGGCUAUGCUGCUGGCCAUUCCCGCCCAGCACCAGCUGUGACCGCGUCAUCUUCCUCCCUGACACCUCCCAUGGUGACUGCAUCUUUCGAUGAGGUAAUGGAUGCUAUUCCGUAUCGGACUGAGGCUAGCCACACUUUCUCAGCAGCCAAGGCCACUCGCAAGUCCGAACCAUCUACGGAGGCAGCAAGCUCCUCUACAGCCCCGCCUAGCGGUGGCCGAGAGCUGCAGAUCAACCCAAGGGACUUGACUGGGCACAAGGUCUCGGAUGACAACGACCUCAACUUCAUGCUCGGCAUUGACGAUGACCAUUACUGCAGGCUCAGCGGCAACAAUCCCGAGGGCGAUGACAUGAAGGUCAUCAAAAGGGACGACAUUCCCUUGGCACACUUGCAAAAACUCCCUCGUUGGGUAGACCGAGUUUCCAAGUGGAUGAUCGGCGCCGUGCGCGGAUCCAACAUCGACUCCCGCAGUCGCAUUGGCAAAUGGAUUCGCGUGGAGGAGCUGCUGCAGCAACUGAAGAAGCGCCAUCAAGUCGAAAUUGGGCACCGCAUGAUUCAGUCUCUGGUUGCCCACGACAACAAAGGCCGCUUUAUUCUUUCUGGACACGUUGGCGAUCCUCGCAAAGAUUACAUCGAUUGUGGGGUCUGGCCUUUGUGGAUCAGUGCAAGCCACGGACACAGCGCACGGAUCAAGGACCAGGUCGACGACUCAAGCAUCGCAACCGUGUGGCUUGACCCGAGGAAGCGAACAGUCGACAGGGUUCCAGCUGCCUACAAAGGCAAGCCGUUCCUGUGCCGUGGUGACGAAGGCUUCCCAACGCGUCUGUACCACCGUAUGACGCAUGACGCAGCUUUCCAGAUUCUUGAAGAUGGCCUCACUCCUGGAUUUCGCGGCUCUGGCAAGUAUCAUCGCUAUUUCGCAAAAGCCACGCUGUCCGAACUCGGGAAUAGGGCGGGGCUGCGUGCCAACUUGCACGUCGAACUUGUUUUCGAUACGGUGGAAGUCUUGAAGCACGCCUAUCUCUUCGAGACGGAGUCGGAGGGUAUUUUGUGUCGCGAAAGGGUCCCCACUGAGUGCAUCUUGUACGUGAGGGACUCGGACACCAACACGACCCUCUGGACCAGGCCCUCACCAGGCGACGAGGACAUUGAGGUGAUCGUUGCGAUUGCGGGGGUCACAACCAUUGAGGAUGACGAUGAGCCCGCUGAUCUCUACUCCUUCCCCGAGCCUGCUGAGCCCGAAGAGGAAGCAGCCAUCCUCACCGAGGCCAUUCAAGAACCUGAAGAGGAAGCUACAACUAUGGUUGAGGAAGUUCCAGCCCCACCUAGUGGAGGCCAUGAACAUGAGGAACCUCCACAGCCAUCGGAGGAAGCCCCCGCAUCAGCCACUGCUGACACAGACACUGUCAUGGUUACGAUCGACGACGAGUCGGAGGAAGCGGCGCCAACAGCGGCACCGGCAGCACCAGCGGCAGAGCGCACUACAAAGCCUGCCAACAAGAUGCCGACGGAGCCUCCGCAUCGCAUUCUACCGCCUCCAGCCCCCUCAGCGGGUGGCCGUCGACGUGCCUGUCCCCACUGUGGCACAUCACACCUGGUGGGGCAAAUGGUCUGUCUGCGGUGCAAUCAGCUGGCCAAAGCCACAGCGCAAAGUCAGCGCAAGCGCAUCAAAACCGACAGAUGGUUCCAGGAACAGCCUGCUGCGGUCGCCACAGGCAAGGCCCGCUCUCGCUUGUCAGUGGAAGAGGUCCUCGCCAACAUCCGCAGAGAAGUGGGAGGACGAGGCGCGCAGAGCUUAGAUUCAGUCGCCAUCGAGAAAGCCAAGCAAAUGCUCAAGCUCGCCAACAAGCAGGGCUACAGUAGCAUUGUGGAGCGCUUUGAUAGCGAGGCUGAAUACACCCUGGCAUCCUUCAACAACGGCUAUGAUUGCGACUUCUUGCGGACCCAGGAUGUUCUUGUCCACGGGAUCUUGCCCAACCUCGGCCGCAACCAGGCCCAGCGCACCCUCGGAACAGGUGUCCACGGCUCGGGUAGCUGGGACCGCCCCGACAGCCCGGAGAGUGGCGCCAGGUUGCUCUACCUGCACGAGUGCAAUCCAGCCGCUCUUAGAGCAGGCAUCGUGGAUAGACUUCAGUGCUUCACCGAAACGCUCUAUCUCGAUCCCAGCUUGGACUACACCGCUGCAGAGUGGGACCUCUGGUUGAGACAGCGAUUGAACACCCAGCUCCAACCAGCUAUUCGUGCCCACGAAGAGCGACUUGCCGAUGCCGAGCGGUCCCGUGCAGCCCAACGUGCAGCCGAUGAACGUCGCGCGACAAAGGGUGACAGCAAGGGUGGGAAGAAAAGCCAAUCCAAAGGCUCUCAUCCCUACUCCCGUGGCGGCUAUGGCUACUACCGCUGA